UGACGGUACGCUCGUUUCGAAGAUGGCGGCUGCAGGAGUGUGCAUGAGAGGCGGGCUCGGUUCUGCAGAGUCUGGUUCCACUGGCCGGAGGUUCUGUGGAGCUCGGCACCGGUUUCACAAGCUAGGGGCAAACUUCCACCUCGUCCUUCUCCUGGUUCUGGCCACGUUGCACGGAGCGCUCGCCGAUGGCAGGACUCUGGUGCUGCUGGACAACGUCAACAUUAAGGACACACAUUCAGUCUUCUUCCGCAGCCUCGCCGACCGAGGGUUUGAUCUCUCCUUCAAGACUGCUGAUGAUCCUGGUCUCUCUCUUAUUAAAUAUGGACAGUUCCUGUAUGAACACCUCAUCAUCUUUUCCCCAUCUGUUGAAGAUUUUGGUGGAAACAUAAAUGUGGAGACCAUCACUGCCUUCAUUGAUGGAGGAGGAAAUGUCCUCGUUGCUGCCAGUUCAGACAUUGGUGAUCCUCUGAGGGAGCUGGGCAGUGAGUGUGGGAUUGAGUUUGAUGAAGAGAAAACUGCCGUCAUUGACCAUCACAACUAUGAUAUCUCUGACCCCGGAGAGCACACCCUGAUCGUAGCGGACCCAGAGAGCCUGAUGAAGACUCCCACCAUUACUGGACCACCUACCGGGAAACCCAUCCUGUUCAAGGGGGUUGGCAUGGUGGCAGACCCAGAUAACCCUCUUGUAUUGGAUAUCCUAACUGGCUCAUCAACCGCAUACUCCUACUUCCCUGACCGACCAAUCACACAGUAUCCUCAUGCAGUUGGAAAGAACAACCUCCUGAUCGCUGGCCUUCAAGCACGCAACAACGCCCGCGUCGUCUUCAGCGGCUCCCUGGAUUUCUUCAGUGAUGCCUUCUUCAGCUCAGCUGUGCAGAAGGCCACGCCGGGCUCAGAGAGGCACGCCCAGAAUGGGAACCUGGAGCUGGCAGUGGCCCUGUCGCGCUGGGUGUUCAAGGAGGAAGGAGUGCUGCGAGUGGGGGCUGUCUCUCACCACCCUGUCGGGGAGACCACACCCCCCAGUGCCUACACCAUCACCGACCUUGUGGAGUACAGCAUUGUGAUUGAGAAGCUGUCUGAAGGGAAAUGGGUCCCCUUUGAUGGAGAUGAUAUCCAGCUGGAGUUUGUCCGAAUCGAUCCUUUCGUCAGGACCUACCUCAAGAAGAAAGGUGGGAAGUACAGUGUACAGUUCAAGCUCCCCGAUGUCUAUGGGGUCUUCCAGUUUAAAGUGGAUUACAACAGACUGGGAUACACUCACCUCUACUCCUCAACACAGGUGUCAGUGCGCCCCCUGCAGCACACCCAGUACGAGCGCUUCAUCCCCUCAGCCUUUCCAUACUAUGCCAGCGUCUUCUCUAUGAUGGGCGGCCUCUUCAUCUUCAGCAUUGUCUUCCUGCACAUGAAAGAGAAGGAGAAAUCUGAGUAGUGCCUGGAUGCAGAGAUUUGGAGGGGCAGUGGGUGUGCUGGUUCCCAUCCCCUCUCGCAGCUGCACUGAGGAAUCGGUAGUGGCUAGUAAGUGUCAUGGGGAGGAACAGCAAAACCUUGCACUUGCUAGCCGCUACCGUGCUCUCUCUGCAACGAGCGGUGGAAUUGACUUCAUAGCUGGGCUGUUUUCAACAAGAAAUACAGGCUGCUUCUGCUUCAACUUGUGUUUUCUUGGAGGAUCUCUUAAAUUCUUUGUGAAGGGUUGGGAUUAAUUACGAUCAUCAAUAUUGUUUUAGGUGUAAAUUCUGUUAAUGUGGGAUAUUAAGUUCAGGGUUCUCCCUAUGCUCUAUGUCGGUGGAAGCAUUCCUUGUAAAAGGGUCUGUUUGAAAAGUGGACCUCUUUCCCUGGCAUGGGGAAAUGCUUGUUAAAGCUGAAGCAGCUUAUAAUGAGCACUGCAGUUUGUUUAAUUUUUUUUUUUUAUAACAUUGAGGAAUUGGAGAAAUUCAUAACUUACAAAUGAGGAUAAUAAUAAAAGACAGCUGUGAUUAAAGAAAA